UCACCCAUGCGCUCGCUGUGCUCGAGCAGAAUUACCACGAGCAGAACCUGCAGUAGUCGCCGCCAUUGUGUCAUUCUCUGAGGGGCGGUGGACCAGCAUCGACCAUCAAGAUGGGUGACGCAUCAGAAAUGUCAUCCGUGCAAAGCGCGUUCGAAGAUCUGGUCUUGGAGAAUCCGAACCGACGCAAAAUGGAAGUGUGCCUGCUCGCUACCAUGAUGAUGAUAGUCAUCUGCAUCUGCGCACUCUGCAUCUUCGUUUUGGCCACACUUCACCCGAAAGAAAACAUCAAGGCGUUUCCUGCGACUAGGAGUUUGACACUUUUUUCUGGUGGAGACAACGAUGCAUUGUACUACCGUAUAAUGGGCUGGGUGUCCUGGGGCAUGUAUCCAUGCCAUGGCAUCCACGCAUGGGCAUGCAGUCGAAGAGCGUACGAGUCACCCGAAUUAAGUGUGACGUACACUUCUCAGGAAAUGGCCAGGGAAGGAGCCAUGGAGUUCUUCAACAUGGCGAUAAAUGUUGAUCAUCACACUAGUGAAAAGCUAGGGAAAAACAUUUGGAAGAAGAACAGCAUGAUGUACAUGACGUCAUUCAUGAGCGCUUGCACCAAGGGUUAUCAAAACUCGCCCGGGAACACGACCUUCAUGAAAGAUUUCGUGGCCCUCGUGAAAAAAAAAUUCAACACGGAUUGCUUCAUUGACUCAGGAGUGGAUGUGCAACCUAUGUUAGUGUUCUUUGCAAAGUCCUUGCUCUUUUUCCCUUUCCACAAAGUGGAGAUAAGAAAGAGCGACCCGUCGAAGCCCGCCGUUGCUUACGUCCACCCGAUGAAAUUCAUUAUGAAGAAAGAAAACUACGGUGACACUAAAGCACAAGCUGCCUACCUAAAAGCCUUCCAUACAUUCGGCGAGGCUGGUUUCUCCCACCCUGAUGAAGGGAAAGCAGUCUUCGAUCGUGAACACGCUCUUGUUAAGCUAACACUGAGAGACGAAAAGAAACCCAGCAAAGACAAAGACGGGGAUGCCAUUAAGGACAUAAUCCUCCAGCCGACGGAGGCACAAGUAUCAGGUUUCGCAAACAAGCAUUGGCACUUUGACAAGCUUCUUGAAGAUGUCUUUGGCUACAAAGGUGACAAGCUCAGUCCAUUAACACCGUCCAUACCGCUUGUUUCGCAGGAAACUGGAAAUAGCGCACCAAAACUAGUGUGGAACUACUCAAUGUUCAAGAUUGGCCUUCACUUUGCCCCUGUAUGGGCAACAGAAACUAAUAUGGCGUCAGCACUGAGUUUCGCUGCGCUCCACCUAUUCAACCGUGAAAAAAAGAUAUCUCCCAUGUUGCACUGUGCUCGCUUAGCCGAACGAUACUUCAGGCCUGCCGUCAUGAAAGUGGUUUUCUGGAUCACACUGUCGCUUCCAAGUGUUCCAAAAAACAUCACUGAUGCUCUGACUUACGAGAUGCAAGACAAAGGUGGUAUUAAAGAAUCUCUUUCUGAUGCGAGCAGUUUCUUCGAUACUCCAGGUCCAAGGGACGCCUUCAUGGGUGUGUAUACACCAACAAGCAAGAAGUUGAAAGUGUUCACACCACCUGAGGCGGACAUAACUACGUUUCUGGACAGCAUGGACAAGUUGCCGGAUCCAACCAAGGUUAAUGCCGCGACUAAGGCUCCCUAUACUGCGCUGUACCUCAUGGCUGAAGCUGGUGCGAUGAUGACAGAACUGGAAAAAGGUGGAGUUACACUCUGGCCCGGUGACAUUUUCUCUGGGGAAGUCACCUACGACGCCGUGGAUGACAGCGUCUAUGUACCGCUUGGAGUUGGUCUACCACCAUACUACCACACCAACAGCAAGACGAACUCCAACAACAAGAUGAUAGCGCACACCAUUCCCUCGCUGGUGUGGCCAAUUAUCACAGCUAUGCUGCACCGCGUCGUGUCACGAGGGUACCAGGUAGAUGUAACGGUUCCGGCUCCGGAGCCAGUUUUCCGAGCCCCACUGGAUAAGAAGCUGAAGAAAAGAGUACAUUGUUUUAUGGAGAAAGGCUUCAGGGAUCCAGCUAUGGCUCUUCUCCGCAAGGUGGCAUUGGAUGCAACUUACCAGCUUUACCGCAAGGCCUACAAUAAGAAAAGCGGGGAAGCCGGGAACCAGUUUCGCAUUGCAUUGAUACCUUUUAUCAGUGAAGAGGAAAUUUUCUUCUUAAGUGCAGCACAGGCCUUCUGCAAGGUUGCAAGUGACAAGGCACACCCAGAUGUGCAAAAGAAUGCAGAGAUUAUGCUGGACGAUCCAUUCGCGGGUGUCUUUUACCAGAAGACCAUUGGGUGCAGUGGACAGCGUAGCAUGUCACAAGAAGGUUGCGAAGGGUUCUUUACCUGGAAGGUGACUGAUGAGCAGUUGAGCUCGGUCCGCGUCCUGAAUCUGCAGAAGUGAGCCGUAACGAUAGCCGAACAAGCUGGAAAUAAAGAAAUGAUUCCGUCUCAG